ACCAUUACAACACGAAGAAGCGCCAAAGCGCAAGAAGCAAUAACAAACAAACCCACCAGAAAGCUAACGCAACUUUGGGAAACCGAGCACACAGGCAAAGUGUCUCCUUUGUGUUGGACAAACAUAUUCUUUGUUUAUAUUCUACUAACUGUGUAUGAUACGAUGUACACGGAUUACAAAGAAGACGUAUAGUAAUCUGUCACGGGACUGGUAUCUAACAUCUGCUAAUACUAGCCGAACGCUAACGUUAAUCCUUCCCGUCCCGUUUUCUUGUGGUAUUAUAGGGUUGUCGAGAAAGUAGCUAACGUAUUAAAGAAAAACUAAGUUGAUUAUUACACUGACAUGUGAGAAACCUAAGUGAGACGACUGGGUUAAGAUUACAACCUUCACGAUAGAAGACUACUAAGUUGAUAGUGUCACUCUAAGCAAGCAAGGAUGGCUCCGCUUGGUGUGUGGUGCACGGGAGCUCGAUUGAAUGUCCUUAUGGUGGUUUUCUGCAGCGUACUGGUUUCCUCACCUACACAUGCUUAUAUAUAUGCUCAUUAUAGCAAUAUGACCUCCAUGUUGUUUGAGGACCUGCCUGCCUUGUUUGGUUCCCCUCUUCCUAAGGAUGGAAUAAUGGGAGUUUUGAUGGUGACCCGUCCACUUAAUGGCUGUACAGCAAUAGACCCCCCUCCUCCAUUGCCACCAUCUUAUAAUGCCAACACUACCAAAUUCAUCGCUCUCAUCAGACGCUAUGACUGCAAUUUUGAUAUAAAGGUCUUGCACGCACAGCAAGCUGGAUACAGUGCUGCAAUCGUUCACAACAUGUACUCCGACACUCUGCUCAAUAUGAACUACAGCAAUGAAACUAUUGCAGAGGAAAUUGACAUUUCCUCUGUAUUCACCAGCUACUAUGCCUCGCAAAUUCUCAGGAAUUUCAUAAUUCCAGAACAAGGGGCCUAUGUGAUCCUCAAGCCGGAGUUUGCUUUUCCACUCUCGUACUACCUUAUUCCCUUCACUGGAGUAGUUGGCAUGAUAAUUCUCGUGAUGUGUGUUGUCUUGACUAUUCGAUGUGUACAGUACAGGAAAAGGUUGAGGAAAAAUCGUUUGUCCAAGGAACAACUGAAGCGUAUUCCAAUCCACAAGUUCAGUAAAGGGGAUGACUAUGAUGUGUGUGCAAUCUGUCUGGAUGAUUAUGAAGAAGGAGACAAGCUGCGAGUUUUACCUUGCUCGCAUGCCUACCACUGCAAGUGUGUCGACCCGUGGCUCACACAGACCAAGAAGACGUGUCCUGUGUGCAAACAGCGCGUCACUCGCAACAACAUGGAGCACUCAGAGUCCGAGUCUGAGGAGGAAACUGGACAACGCGGGGAGGAAGAAAGAACGGAGGGCGGCGCAGACUCGGAGCGCACUCCUCUGCUUCGACCAUCCAACCCGGGGUCCCCCACUGGGAGCCCAGGGGCCUAUUCAGCCAUCACCGCCACCACUACUGCCCAGUGCCUUGCCUCACCUGCACACUGCGACUCACCCAUCCUGGUUUAUGAAGGCUACCACUCCCCACUGGAGGACACAGACUCGGACAGUGACGACGCAGGAGAGGACGGGCACCACACUGAUGAUGACACCGCUCAGCUCAUCGGUAGGGAUAGAGUGGAGAUCUGAUGGCUACAAUGAGAUUUAAAAUGUGUCAUCAGGGGUGCCAUCACACUAUACUUUAAAAUAGUUUGCAGAGUUGUGGUUGGCUAGACAUGUAUUCUAACAUAAUCUUUUAUCCAGUAACAGCAGGAGGUCUACUUGUUAGUGUCAAAGCACAGGAAGCCCUUGCAUUGAUGAGUUUUACCAAAAUCCACCAUUGAGCAUCAACACACACACACACACACACACACACACACACACACACACUUGUUCUACAACUCUAAUAUUGCUCUGUAGACCUCCUUUUUUUAAAUGCAUGUUCUUAUUCAUAACGUGACCAUGCCGCGUGACCUAACCACUAGUGCUGCACAAAAAGAACGGGCCACUUAAAUGUACCGUGCUGUAUAAAAUAAGAGUGUGACUUAAGUAGGCGAAGCCUUUGUUGCUGAACAGAAUGAAUUCUGUGCUCCGACUUAAAGAGGAUCUUCUAGUGAGUAAGAUUAGUGCAGUCGUAAUUGCUUUAUAUCUGACAGCCCUUUUUACCAGCUUUGAGUCUUUUCCUAACAAGGAUGUGCAUGUGGAGGGGAAAUGUUUGUCUUCAUUUUAUCUUUCAAUCCCUUUAUCUCUCUUUUCACAUUUUUUAAAGCUAUAUUUCAGUUCUUUGAAAUGUCAGAUUUCUUGCUCCAAAUCCACAGUAAAUCGCGCUAUAAUAGAAUUCUGCAAAGAUGUUGUACGUUUCUGCCGCUUUACAUUGUUAAUGAUAAACACUGUUUGGUCAGUUUAAGGAUUUUUUUUUUUGUUGCUUUAUCUAGUUUGUCAAGUUGAACAAACUCAAUUUUUUAGCAACAAAUAAAAGGUUGGUCGGUAUUGUAAAUAAAUAACAUGGUAAGAUUUAACACGAUUUGGUCUUAUACAUUGUUUUAGCUUUUCUAAUCAGUAAAAUAUAGAUUCAUGAAUAUUUAAUGGAUGUUUUUCCAUUUUUAUAUACUACAGAAUGAUAACAUGUUCAAUUGUGGGACCCUGGAGGUGUUUUUAGCAUUGCCUUACAUUGGCCUUGAUGUACAUAUGUUUGGAAAUUGAAGGGACAGGAUUCACACUCGUUUUUUCCCUUCUUGUCUAGCUAGUAUUUAAAACUGCUGGAUAGGAAACUUAGAUUUUGUUCCCUUGAUUGUUAGUGUGCACCACAUUUGUUUUUAUAGUGACAAAGAAUAAAGAGGCAGCCAUGUUUAGUGCUAAUAAUACCCAUCUUAGACAUACUUGAUUUGCAUCUGAACAUUUGGACAAUCUCAGCGGCUGUCGAACAAGAUAUGGUUUGUUUCUCUACUUUAUAAAUUGACCUGGGUGGGGUCCAUGCUGUUGAAUUGUAUAAAGAGCCGUACAAAUAGAAACCGUAGAAAGUAAUUUCAGCCAAACUGUUUCACUGUUCCAAAUAAAUGCACAAUGUUCACCUUGACAACAUCUUACAUUCACAACUGGAUUUUUUUAAAUCUAUGGCUGUGGACAUUUUUAAGCACUGCACAUGUAUGCUCACUCCCUGGAUGGGAUUGUACUAAUGUGAUCAGUGUUUCCUCUGUGUUCACUUUCUUUUGCUCCACCACAACUUGUCAUCUGGUUACUGUCAUUAUGGCAAAACGAUCUCUCUUCCAGAUGUUUUUAAGAAUUGUAUUAUUCAAUAAAGUAACAUGUCCUGCUAUGUAAACUCAACUUAAUCUGUACCACAUCAGAUAGGGGUCCAAACAUCUCCCUUCAAACACCACAACUGCUUCAUAUGAUAACAGAGGAAAGACUGUCCACGAUGCUUUUACAUCUGAGGAUUGAUUUGUUGCAUUUAUUAAAGAGGGGAAUCAGAAAGGUUAACAUUCCAUAUUUAUAUUCUACUAAUGGCUGAAUACUAUCAACCUUUGAGUGGGACGUGUUGGCAAUAGUCUUUAUUGUAAAAUAGAACAGUAUUCUUUCCUAUUUGCAGUAUGCUUCAAAUGACUUUGUACUGUUUUUUUUUUUGCUCUAUAUGUCUCAAUUUUAGAGACUAACUGGAACUAGAAAUAUAUAUAUAUAUCCCAACAUUUUUAUUUUUCCCUUCUACUUUUAAAAUGUUCCCAGUUUAUCACACUAAAAUAAUAAAUGUACAGUGUCGAGUAGGAUUUUCUUGUAAAAAGAAGCCAUGUUUGAAAAUCUGUAGGAUGUAUUAACACGGUCUGUGGAAAUCUGCAUUUGAUUUGUGAAAAAAUAAAUGAUAUUGAAUUGGGA